UUGUUCAGGAUUUGGCAUUUCAUAAAUCAUUGAGGUGCUUUAGCACACUCAAUGACAGUCAAAAAUGAAAUUCAUAGCAAAUGAUAUCCAAGUGUUUUUUUUAUUCACACUAGUCUUCAAGUGCAUAAGAUUUUUAUUCCAUUAUUGUCUGUAUUUUCUGGUUAUUAACUUUUUUAAAUUAACUUUUUCUUGUAUAGUUUAGCAUUUGUAGUAAGGUAGUAAAAGCUUGGCGCAGAUUUAAUUCGCGAAUAAACGAUAUAUCGGGCUUCGUUUUUACAGGUCUUAGGAAUAAUGCCGGGUCUUGUAAAUAAUACCAUCCCCUCUACGAUAUCACUUUUUUCAGCAAAAAUUAUUCCUGUCUUGCAUAGCUUAUAUAUAAAUAAACAAAUGUUGAAAUUUUAUUUCUUUGGCUAUUAUGAAAACUCUCCAGAACAACAAGAAGAUGUUAAAGAUUUAACAGAAGAUCAUUUGCGAAAAAUAAACUCGAUUGUUCAACCUACGCUAUGUAUGUUUCAACACUGUCUCACUGAAACAGAUCAUGUGGAAAUAUUGAAGAAUCAAGUAUAUUACACUUCUAGCUGCAAGUUAUAUAAAAGCUUAACACGUGUUAGAAACAAUACAGUUAUCGAGACAAAACAGAAUGGUUGGGACACGAGCGAACUUCAACUCCAUGGAAAUCAGAUCGAAAGGAUAAUAUCUGGUCCUGGUAGUAUAUGUGUUUUAUCACGUGAUGAUGAGGGCACACAAAAGGUAUCGAUUGAAAGUAAUGGGUUGCUUAAAGAAGUAGAUUUUAAAGGAAAAAUAUUGGAAGAUAUUUCGUUGGGUAAAAGAAUUAACCUCGUGCGUACACAAGAAAAAGAGGUCUAUCAUUUUGCGGAUAUCCUGGAAACAUUUCAACCGACUCUGUCGUUACUUCAUUUCCCGACACCUCGUCAAGUAACGGCGGUGAGUUGCGGUAAAGAACACGGCGUUGUGUUGACAUCGAAUAACUUUGUGUGGACAGUCGGCAAUGGCAGCCGCGGCCAGUUAGGAUUGGGAAGUGCCACUAAAAUGGACUCUUUGGAAUGCGUUGAAGCUCUUCAUCCUGUGAAAAUUAUUUCCGUAUCUGCCGGGGGGUGGCAUACCAUCGUUCUUUCAGAAAGUGGAGAUAUGUACGGAUGGGGGUGGAACGAAAGUGGACAAGUGGGCUGUAUACGCGAAUCAUAUGACGAAAUGGAUUGUAGUGAAGAAAACAGAGCCAAACUUGUUUUCCUUCCGUCUCUAGUUGACACUUCCUUAGAUGAUUCGUUCACGCUGAUAAAAACUGGCUCUAGGCAUUCAGCUGCUGUUUCAACAUCUGGUCAGUGUUUUACAUGGGGCUGGAAUGGCUAUGGUCAGUUAGGCCAUGGUGAUCAAAGUAAUUGCGUUAAACCACGUAUGGUAUCUUUUUUCGCACAUAACAAUUUAGAAAUACUUGAUGUGAUUUGUUCGGAGUGGGUUACGUUAGUGAAAACCGUGCAUAAAGAUAACAAAAGCUAGCAUAGUGUAGUAACUACUUUAAGUUGAUUUAUUUCAGCAAAGAUAACUUUCGUAAAUUUUGCGAAUUUUUUUUUCCAUAUCCACAAAAAUUUGCUUGGAAAGAUCAAUUCGCUCAAAUAAAUGGUCGCGAAAUUACUAGAAAUAUUUUAUUUGAUUAAAAAAAUUCUAAAAGUGAAAAGGGUUUUUUUGUUUUUUCAUCUCUUGUUUUAAUAAAUUCCCAUUUUUGCUCUCCAAAGACUACUUUAUCUGUUAUGUUAUGAAAAGUUCAAAAUAAUCUGGUCUGUCGUUUCCAGUUAUUUGCUAAGUAGAUAAAAGUGUGUUGAAACUGAAAGAUCAUAACUUUAUAAGAUUUGUUACUUUGUAAUUUUAUGCGAGAUGUAAUUAUUGAGAAAUUAAAAAUAGUUUUUCGGUUU